AUGAGAAACGGAGCAUUUUUAGCUGCAGGGUCGUUGGUUUUGAGUUAUGCAGUUUGGAACCAGCAACUUGUGUCGUCCGAAAGCGUCAAAGGAAUCAAACAGUUCAGCUCGCAACCAGAUGGCUCUGGUUCGGAAGCCCUCAAUACUAUUACGCUUUUGUCUGAAAACCAGGUCACCCAGCGUCUGCGGCAGCUGGACCAAAGUUUCUAUGUCCAGCGGGGACAAGGCAUCUUAAGGUACGACACGGCUCAGCUGCCAUCCAACUCUCCCAUCGAAGAUUCGCACGUGGAGCAGGUGAUAACGGUUCCGGGCUUAAAGGCUGGAAAGGACACAGACUUGUAUUUUUUUGGAAUAUUUGACGGUCACGGCGGGCCCUACACGAGCGCGAAACUUGCUCAGAGCCUUGUGCCGUACGUAGCACAUAAACUGGGACAGGUUUACGGGUCGGACCCGGGAGCUGUAGAGCAGGCGUCUUCUGCCGCUGUGGACGCUGCAAUGACUUCAGCAUUCCUGGGUUUGGACCGCGACCUUAUCUUUGGAUCGCUAGGAAAGCUGCUACAGGAACCCAGCAAGCAGACUCUUGUGAGUGCCCUACCAGCGAUAUCAGGCUCUUGUGCUCUUCUAACGAUGUUUGACUCUCACAACUCUAUUUUGAAAUGCGCAGUGACGGGUGACUCCAGAGCAUUGUUAGGCUGUCAAGACGCUAACGGCCAGUGGUCUGUCAAACCAUUAUCCGUUGAUCAGACAGGUGACAAUAUCGAUGAGGUCAAUCGCAUCAGAAACGAGCAUCCGGGGGAGCCGGGCGCUGUGCGUAACGGCCGUGUUUUGGGCUCCUUACAACCGUCAAGGGCCUUUGGAGAUCACCGCUAUAAAGUCAAGGAGGUAGGUGGGAAGAGCUUCCGUGAUUUACCUGACCAUUUAAAGGUAUACUUCCGGCGUGAACCACGGGACUGUAAAACACCGCCGUAUGUCACCGCAGAGCCCGUAAUUACUACUACUCCUGUCGAUUCAAAUGCCAGGUUCAUGGUCUUGGCCUCAGACGGUCUAUUUGAAUUGCUGGAAAACGACCAAAUCAUGAAGUUGGUGGUGUCGUGGAUGGACAAAGAAAAAAACACACAAUCUAAGCCCUUGUCACACCCUUCCAACUAUUUGCUGGAAGACAAGAACGCUGCCACCCACCUAAUCAGAAAUGCACUAAGCGCCGGUGGCCAGCGCGAUUAUGUCUCAACUCUCGUUAGCAUUCCGUCUCCGAUGAGCCGCAAAUACAGAGACGAUCUUACUGUCACUGUUGUCUUUUUUGGCGACGAGGCUGAUCCUACUAGUACAUCCGGUCAACUUAUCUUGAACCCGGACGCCACUGCACCUCUCAAAGCAAAGCUAUGA